GAAUCAUUCAGUCAGAGGAGAAUGACCCAGUUACAGAUUCCGAGACAGUUAUUUUUGCUUUUUAGUUUAAAAGAAAAAAAAUCUCAAACCCCUUUUGAACGUAGGAGGAUCGAAGUAUUUGACUGAAUCAACCUUGCAGUUCUAAUCUUUCAUACCCAAGCAAACAUCAGCUUUUUCCUUCCUGCCGGUUACUGAUCCUCUCAUUCCUCAUAUAUUAAAUGGAGCCUCCAAAGUAUGCACUGUGUGUUGACACAGCUACUGGUCUCCUCCCCGCCUCGAAACAAAACCCUGCCUGUGAAGAGCAAUCACAGUCAUAUCUUCUUUGCCUCCCAAAAUUGUACCUUGUGACUAAAUUAGUCUUAUUUGAUAGACAUUACUUUGAAGGAACCUUUAGGAAAGUCUUAAUAAAGGGGAAAGGAAGAACGCAGAGUAGACGCGUUAGCUGUGAAUUGGUAUUUUCAGUAGUUAACUAGUUAUCUGGCUGUGUCUUAGGAGGCUGAUUUGCAGAGCUGCAGUUCUUUUUACUGCUAAUUUCUAUCUACUUCAUUUUCUGGCUAUUCUAUACUCUGUGCUCUGUAAAACUUAAAGCUACUUAAGGACAUGCCACAGGUCCACAAUAUCCCACUGGAGUAUAACAGAGGGUAGGGCAGAGUCCUGCUUGGUGAAUAUACUGAGCAGCAUCUGAAGCAGAAAACUCAAAUUCAGUAUCAGGUGUUGAAAAAUAAUUUAAUUUUCGGUUGAUAGUUUGAGGGUAUUAGCUCUGAAGCUAGGAGCUGAAAUGGUUUCAGAGGUCUGUUUGAAGUGGUAUUCACACCGUGAAGGAUUCUGAAGGAUUCUUUUGGUAGCUAAGGUUACUAGUCACGUUUAGAAAACAUGGGAAACACUUAGAAAAUCAGUAAACAUACAGACUGCUCUUUCUAGAUCUACAAUUUUACCCUACAGAAAUACAGAAACAGGUGUAUUUUCAGCUAUCCACUUGCAGGCUUCUCCUCUUCCAGUAACAGACCUGCAAUGACACUGGGGUGAGUAAGGUUACUUCCCAAAACACAAAGCAAACUGUCGCACUUGUGUUGCCUUUUUUUUUUUUUUUUUUUCUGUUGUGGGAUAGCAGUUGUUUGCCGUGUAAGUUUGGAGCUUCAAUUUAGGCAAUUAAACUGUUUUUCUUCUCUCACCUCCUCCUGCUUUGUUAAGGAAUUAUUGAUAUAUUGAUAUUUGGUAUGAAAAUCUCUCAUUUUGUUGUAAUUCCCACCAAUAAGUAUCCUUACAUCACUUGGCAGCAGUAACUUAACAGAAAACCUGUCUUUUUUGCCUUCCUUUAUAUUGCUGAAUAUCGGAUACGGAACUUUUCACAGAUAAGCAUCUCUAUAAAUCAACUUUGCAAUGGAGGCUUGGGGCAGGGAAGUUGAGUACUUUCUUUCUCCCCUUAAACCCUGAUUUGCUCACUUAUUUUCUCAGUGACCUGAAUCUCAUAACCUGGUAUGACAAUCUAAAAUCCUAAACCAUUUAAGAUGCACAUAUUUGUCCAAAAAAUUUGUAACAUCAGUAAUCUAUGGGUAACAAUGCAUCAUUGUGUGGGUAUCGUGUUUUAUCCUAUGAAAACUGACCAGUGUACGUUGUUAAGGUGCAUUGCUCAAGUCUAGAUUGUAGCAAAAUUUCCAUUGACUUCCACACGGCCAGAUUUUCACCACCAAGAAAAUACUAAGAACACCUUAAUAGAAGCCCAAUCAAGAUGACGACAGCCGCACCACUGAUCAAUAAUACUCAGUUCUCAUUAAAUGUGACCACAAAGUCUCAAGAACAAAGUCUUUAUCAAAGUUCUGGAGCAAUAGUUGCUGCCAUCGUAGUAGGAGUAAUUAUUAUUUUUACAGUGGUUCUGCUCAUACUGAAAACGUAUAACAGACACAUGAGAGUGAAGCGGGAGCUGGAACCCAAGAGCACCAAAACAGCAAUGCCACCUGCUUUAGGGCAGAACAGCGACAGCGUUAUUCAGCAUCCUGCAGUGACUUUCAUACCUGUGGACAUCCACAUGCAGAGCAGACAACUGUGAACAUGUGUCCUCCUGUGAGAGAAAAGACCUGGAGUUCUUAUUAACGUGGACCUGGGCCUCACAGCAAAGUGACACCGCACUGGGAACGGUGAUAGCUGUUAUCUUGUCUAUAGGUUGUAAUUAGCCCUGCCUUCUCUCUUUGGGAGGAGAACUAAACAAUCUGAACACUUUCCGUAUGAUGAAAAUCAACUGGUGAAGGCAUACAGACCAUGAGACAUGCAAUGAGCCUUCUUACAGAGCUCUGGGUACAGAAAGACAAAAUAGGCCAAGCCUAUUCGUUGGAAGAAAUGGUGCAAACUCGUGUUUUGUGAGCUUACUCAGAAUUUGAACUUUUUCUAUUCUGCAAUGACUGAUGAUAAAUGGAAGAAAAAUUUGGACAUGCAAGCUGCAACUCAGGUUGAACCUGGGUUUGUUAAGAUUUAUGUGAAACAGGUUUGUAGCCUAUUUUAUACAUGAUGGAUAGUAUGGGAAGUAGCAAAACUGUAAGUAGCAAAAUUGUAUUUAUCUUUAGUCAUCUUUUGUGUUUCUAAUACCGCAUAUGUAUGGUUUUAGACAGGAAAGUUACUUUUUAUUUUCAAGUAUUUUUGAAACAUUUCUAUAAACGUGGUAACUUGUCUGUUUCCAAA